AUGAAUUUAGAUUCCAUCCAUCAGUUAAUUGAGGAAACACAAAUCUUCCAGAUGCCGCAGUCAUCAAUAAAACCACCUUGUGACAUGGUAGCACCUGCUUCCCCCCCCAGGGACACUUGUCAUUCCUGUUUGCCACUUCAGGGGUGGCAAUCACAUGCCACUCACAACGUCUAUGUGCACUCAUGCAACACCAAUGAGUGGAAUAUUUGUGAAGAGCUUCGCCUGCGGGAACUUGAGGAAGUCAAGGCCAGAGCUGCCCAGAUGGAGAAGACCAUGCGGUGGUGGUCAGACUGCACUGCUAAUUGGAGAGAAAAGUGGAGCAAAGUUCGGGCCGAAAGGAACAGCGCCAGGGAGGAGGGAAGACAGCUCAGAAUAAAAUUAGAGAUGACAAUGAAAGAAUUGAGUGCAUUGAAAAAGAAACAAAGUUUGCCACAUCAAAAGGUGUUAGAAACCACCCAGGACCUGAAGCAUCCUAGUUUCGUAGAAGUGCCCUCUGCACCAGGAGACCAGUUUCAAAUUGGUUCACAAACAUGUAAGUCUAUCAGAGAAUGUCUGGUGAGAAGAGAAUUUUCUACAAAGGACAACACAGAUAGUAAGGAAGAAGUUUUGAUUAUUGACCAGUUAAGAUUAAAUGAGGAGAUGAAACUCAAUCUUAACUCUCCUGAUUCAUUCAAGAAUAGUGGUUCUGACAGCUGUACACUGAAAUCUGCAUUAAGACUGCAGGCAAUGACCCUGCCUUUGGAGAGUGAAGUGCCUGAAAUUUCAGCUUUGCAGGUUCAUCUGGAUGAGUUCCAAAAAAUUUUAUGGAAAGAAAGAGAAAUGCGCUCAUCUUUGGAAAAAGAAAUAGAACGACUGGAGUCAGCUUUGUCUGUAUGGAAAUGGAAGUAUGAAGAACUGAAAGAAUCAAAGCCAAAAAGUCUGAAAGAGUUUAACAUUAUUCCUGGUCAGCCUGAAAAUGAAAUGGAAGAACUAUCAGGAGAUAUAAAGGAAGAAUCAAAAUCUCAAAACAGCAAGGAUAGACUGAUCUACCAGUUAAGAGCUGAGCUAGAGAGAUUGCAGGCUGAAAAUAUCUCAGAGUGGGACAAGAGGGAAAUACUUGAAACACAGAAACAAGGACUGGAAAAAGAAAAUAGAAGGCUAAAGGCUCAGGUGAAAGAAAUGGAAGAGCUCCUGGAUGGGAAAAACAGAUUCAGUGCAAACUCUCAAAGUCCUGAUUUCAAGACGUCACAAAUUGAACGGCAGGAAGAAAAAAAGAUGUGUUUGGAGAUUCAGCAUCCAUUUUACAAGGUGAAGAAGCAGGUGCAGGCAAAAAUAGCAGAACUGACACAUGCAAACUGUGUGGAUCAAAACAAAGCUGAAGUAAAGAAACAGACUUCCAGUGAAAGAACCGAAACAGGGCUCAGCCAAAAGGAAGAGGAGGUAGCUUAUACACGAACACCUGUUGGAUAG